GCGGUGCUGGGAGCUGGUGGUAUCGUACGCUCGUUAUUUAUCCCCCCCCUUUCCCCUCCACCUCGCUCUGAAAUGACCGUGAAAGCAGCCGAGGCGUCUGGUCCUACCUUGACCUACUCGAAGAUGAGGGGGAUGGUGGCCAUCCUCAUCGCUUUCAUGAAGCAGAGAAGGAUGGGGCUAAACGACUUCAUUCAGAAGAUCGCCACCAACUCCUACGCAUGCAAGCACCCUGAAGUUCAGUCUAUCUUGAAAAUCUCCCAGCCUCAAGAGCCUGAACUUAUGAAUGCGAAUCCUUCUCCUCCGCCCAGUCCUUCACAGCAGAUCAAUCUUGGUCCAUCAUCCAACCCACAUGCCAAACCAUCAGACUUUCAUUUCUUAAAAGUGAUUGGAAAAGGCAGUUUUGGGAAGGUUCUCCUUGCACGGCAUAAGGCAGAAGAGCAGUUCUAUGCUGUUAAAGUCCUGCAGAAAAAAGCAAUCCUGAAGAAGAAGGAGGAGAAGCACAUUAUGUCAGAGCGCAAUGUCCUGCUGAAAAAUGUGAAACACCCCUUCCUGGUUGGGCUUCACUUUUCCUUCCAAACUGCAGACAAAUUGUAUUUUGUCCUAGACUACAUCAAUGGUGGAGAGUUGUUCUACCAUCUCCAGAGGGAACGUUGCUUCCUGGAGCCGAGAGCCCGAUUUUACGCUGCUGAAAUUGCCAGUGCACUGGGCUACCUGCACUCCCUGAACAUUGUUUAUCGUGACUUGAAGCCGGAGAAUAUCCUGCUCGAUUCGCAGGGGCACAUUGUCUUGACUGACUUUGGACUCUGCAAAGAAAACAUUGAGCACAAUGGCACGACCUCCACCUUCUGCGGCACACCAGAGUAUCUUGCUCCUGAAGUUCUUCAUAAGCAGCCCUAUGACCGUACCGUGGACUGGUGGUGCCUUGGAGCAGUCCUGUAUGAGAUGCUUUAUGGCCUGCCACCCUUCUACAGCAGGAACACGGCAGAAAUGUACGACAACAUCUUGAACAAACCCUUGCAGCUGAAGCCAAAUAUUACCAACUCAGCUAGACAUCUCCUGGAAGGCCUCUUGCAGAAGGACAGGACAAAGAGGCUUGGUGCCAAGGAGGACUUUAUGGAGAUUAAGAAUCACAUCUUCUUCUCCCCAAUUAACUGGGAUGAUCUCAUUAAUAAGAAGAUUACACCCCCUUUUAACCCAAAUGUGAGUGGCCCCAGUGACCUGCGACACUUCGAUCCAGAGUUUACAGAUGAGCCAGUCCCCAACUCCAUCGGCCAGUCCCCAGACAGCAUCCUCAUCACCGCCAGCGUCAAAGAAGCCGCUGAGGCUUUUUUGGGCUUCUCAUAUGCCCCACCCGUGGACUCUUUCUUGUGAACAUUUUUCUUUCUUAUGUUUUUAAUAAUAAUAACUGUUAUUUUUAUUUUUGUUUGGCCUUCUGGUGGAACUGCCAGUUGACCAGUCAUCUUGAAAGAGAAUUUGCACAUUUCCACCAUGGCAGCUUUGCAGCCUUAAUUUCAACUACCCUGUUUGUUGGAAGCUUUUUUGAAGAGCACAUCACUCUCUAAAUGAGCUUUACAGGCUUUUCAUUUCCAUUCGUUCUUCCCCCAAAGUGGUGCUGUCUCCUUGGGAAAGAAAAACAAGAGUGACUGCUGCCAUAGACUGCUAUGGCAGAUCGUAGGAGUAAGAACAAGAUGUUUUGAAAACGUGCUCUGAAAAGCCUUGCCUGAAGAUCUUUCUGAACGUGAUAAGGAUUUUAUGAAAUGUGCCUUUUUCUGAUGAGAUCUUGUGAGCUCCAAAGCUUUCCCUGUUGCAGAGUGUGUUUCUCAGUUCAUUUAUGUGGGUUUACUAUGUGAACAAAUGGUAUGCGUGUGGUCUGCGUACUACAGAUGGACUUAGUUUAAAGCAUCAAUGUGACACUUGCAGGAUACCACAAUGUGGGGCAUUGUUUGUUUCUUCCAUAUUUGGAAGAUAAAUUAAGUGUAAUUUUGAAAUUUCUUUUGUAGAUCUAUACAGUCAACUAAAAUUAUUGAAAUGGGCUCACAAUUACUUGUAUCCAAAUGCUUGAAGAAAGCAUUGCUGCUAUGAAAAAAGAUUUCUAUUUUUAGAAUGGGUUUUUAUGGACCAAAAUGCCCCAGCUGCAGUUGGUCAAAGCUGUUGGUUUCUUUUUUUCUUUUUUUUUUUUCUUUUUUAGUUUAAAAGAUGUCAUCUGUAAAAUGGGCAUUAUUUAUGGUUUUGGGGGUUUUUCAUUCCUGAUUGUAUGUACUGUAAAAAAGAUCUGUACAUUCAGUUGUAACUCUAGAUGUAUAUUUAAACUUACAGACUUAAUUGUAAUGUAUACCAUUGUUGUAAUGUAAUAUAAUUAACAUGGUUAUACGUAUCAUAUUUUUUUUUGUGACCAAACCCAUUGGUUUGCAGUAAAAUCCUGAAAAAUA